UUUUUUUCAACCCUAAGUCAUAUGGCCGAGGAACAGUCUUAUUGGGUCACCCGGUUCGUUAGUUGGUUUAUUUCUAACAGAAAAUAUUUUAGGGUCCUCUUCUAAUAAUUGAAACUAUUUGCUUAAAAUUCGUUUAUUUCCGCCAAGGCCGCUUCGCAAUUUUUUAAAGUAUUAUGUUCGAAUUUCUAUUUUGAUUCAACAUAGGAAAAUUUACACAUGUACCGCUUCAUACUGAACGUGAACGCAAGUAUGUCUAGAGAUAAAGUGCGAUGAACGUGCGCAUUUCGAUUAAAAACGUGGGUCGGUUAGAGCGGUUUGUGGGGGGGAUCUUAGCCCGCAUUCGAGGUUAGACUUUCAGAGAGUGAGCGCGAGAAAUCGUUGUCGCGUAAUUGUGAAGAUUCGUCGUUCAACUUUAAUAAGUAAAACGCGUAAUUAGUAGUGAAAAUUUGUAAAAAUUAACAGCUUAAUUUCGGGUAAGACAUAUAAAGUGGCGCGUUUAAGCAAAUUUGAACUUGUACAAAGUGCGAGUUACGGGCGUGUAAUUCUACGUAAAAGGAAUGACAUAAAACGGGCGUUUUGUGGUAAGGCCAUUUGUUUAGGCAGAGAGAAGGAGCUGGAGCAGGGAUCUGUGGAACGGUUAUGCGAAUACUUUUACGUACACCAAGCAGAUGGCGGAGCCGGAAAAGAUGGAGGAAGUGUUCCCCUGUGCUAUCGUACGGCCAUCGAUAAAUAAUGGAGGGAGGCGAUGUCUUACCACUCAUCAAAAUCGAACCAAAACAAGAAGAACUCCAUCUUUACGGGAACAUUUCACUUAGUGAGGAAGCAUUGGUUACAAUAAAGGACGAAAUUACUGCACAAUGCUCCAAGUUGCUCGGCAAUGAAGACGUACAACAGCAAACUGAUUGUGGAUGGAAUAUUAAAACUCAGUUUUCCGACGAUUUUGAAUGUGACUUCAGUCAACACACAAGUAAAAGCUUUAACUGUGCUCAUUGUGAUUAUGGAACAAAUAUUGAACGAUAUCUUAAGCGGCACCUUUUAAAACAUAACGAUUCUAAAGAUUUUAAAUGUGCUAGUUGUGAAUACAAGACAAAUGUCAAAUACCACUUUAAACGACAUCUUUUAACACAUACAGAUUCUAAUGAUUUUAAAUGUGCUCAUUGUAAUUACGGAACAAGUAAUGAACACUAUCUUAAACGACACGUUGUAAAACAUAUCGAUUUAAAAUAUUUUAAAUGUGCUAGUUGUGAUUACAAGACAAACAACAAAUAUCACUUUAAAGACCAUUUCUUAACGCAUACCGUUUCUAACGCUUUUAAAUGCGCCCAUUGUGAUUAUGGAACAAAUAAUGGACGAUAUCUUAAACGACACCUUUUAAAACAUAACGAUUCUAAAGAUUUCAAAUGUGGUAAUUGUGAUUACAAGACAAAUAUCAAAUACCACUUUAAACGACACCUUUUAACACAUACCAAUUCUAAAGAGUUUAAAUGUGCUCAUUGUAAUUAUGGAACUAAUAAUGAAUGGUAUCUCAAACAACACCUUUUAAAACAUAUCGAUGCUAAAGAUUUGGAAUGUGCUAAUUGUGAAUAUAAGACAAAUAACAAAUACCACUUUAAAGAACACCUUUUAACACAUACCGAUUCUAAAGAUUUUAAGUGUGCUCAGUGUGAUUUUAUAACAAAUAAACAACAGUAUCUUAAACGACAUCGUUUAAAUCAUAUUGAUUAUAAGGAUUUUAAAUGUGCUAAUUGUGAUUACGAGACAAAUAUCAAAUACCACUUUAAAGAACACCUUUUAACACAUAUCGAUUCUAAAGAUUUUAAAUGUGCUUAUUGUGAUUAUGGAUCAAAUAAUGAACGAUAUCUUAAGCGACACCUUUUAAAGCAUACCGAUUCUAAUUUUAAAUGUGAUAUUUGUGAUUACCAAUCAAAUAGCAAGUACUGCUUUAAACGUCACCUUUUAAAACAUAGCGGUCCAAAAGAUUUUAAAUGUGCUCAUUGCGACUUUGAGACACCUAAAAAAUUCUCUCUUAAAAACACCUUAUAACACACAAACCGUUUUUACAAGGAACAAAUUUCUCGUUAAAUUAAAUACGCACACUUAAGGAAAUCAUAACAAAAAAUAUGCAUUUGGAAGGAUCUAAAUAGAUUUUUUCAAUUUACAUGAACUUCUGAAAAUCAAACAACUUUAGCUGGUAAUAAUUAACGUAAAAUACUAUACUUUUAAUUUGUGGCGAACGUAGUAGUACAGAAAGUAGGUAAGUUGCAAAAUACGUACUUCGUAAUUUAAUAUGAAGUGACCCCUUUUUGCGCCGCCUAUGGUUUUCAGUUGAUUACAUACGGAUGCUAUUGCGCAUGUGCCGCGUUCUGCUUGCGUUGCAAAAUGUAUCCCUGUUUGUGUUGGGCACAAAUGCCAAUUUUAAGGUAAGGUGGGAGAUAUAUCUAUGCAUAUAUGAUCUAAGAUAUCAACACUGCCUAAGUCUAUCCAUGGUACUAGAGGUCGUCAUGAUUGUAUGAUAUAGUUUCUGUCGAUCUUUCGGAUUAUAGUGUUCAUUAGCUGCAUAUUAUUGAUUUUCCUUUACAGUUAACAAUAAAUAACUAAUAAGUUUGUAUGUCCAUGCAUUUUAUUUGUGGAUCAUUUGGGAAUUCAGUAUGAAAAACCCAUCGCUCCGCCACUGAUGGUGAUACGUUAUGACUUGCCGGUAUUUGAGCUACAGCCAGAGCUUUUAUCUACUACGUAGAUAAGUUCUGUGAUAAGUUCGUGCUACGUAGGCAUUAAAGACCGCUAGAUAAU